CUAAUUUAUUCUAAUCCACAAGAAGAAGAAAGUGUAAACAGGAAGUGAAAGGAGCUGUGCAGCUGCAGAUGAAGCAUGGCGGGCCGCAGAGCUCUGAAGGCUGUGCUCAUCGACCUGAGUGGGACUCUCCAUAUAGAAGACACCGCUGUCCCCGGAGCUCAGGAGGCACUCAGCAGGUUACGGCAAGCGCCUGUUGCCAUCAAGUUUGUGACCAACACGACAAAAGAGAGUAAGAGAAACCUGCUGGAGAGACUGCAGCGCCUCAACUUUGACGUACAGGAAAAGGAGAUCUUCACCUCCCUGACAGCAGCGAGGAGUCUCCUGGAGCAGAGGCAGCACAGACCUCUGCUGCUGGUGGAGGACAGUGCACUGGAAGACUUCACAGGUAUCGAUACUUCUGACCCAAAUGCUGUUGUCAUUGGACUGGCUCCUGACCAUUUCCACUAUGAGACAAUGAAUAAGGCCUUCAGGAUGAUAUUGGAUGGAGCCCCUCUCAUUGCCAUCCACAAAGCCCGGUAUUAUAAGCGUAAGGAUGGUCUGGCCCUUGGUCCUGGGCCCUUUGUGACAGGACUAGAGUAUGCUACCGACUGUAAAGCAACAGUUGUGGGGAAACCAGAGAAAACAUUUUUUACCCAGGCUCUUUCUGAUUUGGGCUGCAGUGCCUGUGAAGCUGUCAUGAUAGGAGAUGAUGCCAGAGAUGACAUUGGUGGGGCUCAGAAUGCAGGAAUGUUAGGAAUUCUUGUCAAAACCGGCAAAUACAGAGGAGGAGAUGAGCACAAAAUCAGCCCUCCUCCUCACCUGACCUGUGACAGUUUUCCAGAAGCUGUAGAACACAUACUGAAGAACCUGCUCUAAGCUCAUCAGACGCAGCUCAGCUCUCAACACCUGAGCGAAAAUGUAUAUCAAUGCUAAAACACCUGAUCAACAUCAGUACAUGUUUUAUCUGUCAUAUUACUGGUCACUGACGUUUGGGGCAACAGUGGCUCAGUGGUUAGUCAUCCACCAACCUAAAGGUCAUAGGACUGCUUCCUGCUCAUUGUGUCAUUAGGCAAGACACUUACUCCACUUUGCAUGGUAUGAAUGUGGUGUGUGCAUGUCGGUGGUGGUCGGAGGGGGCAAUGGCGCAGAUUGGCAGUCACACUUCCAUCAGUCUGCUGGUAGCAUGGGUACCAUGUCAGAGUAGAAGUGUGGAUUUAAAGAGUAAUGCAAUAUAAAGUGCUUCGGGUGUUUUGAGAGAUGCUCUAUAAAUGCAAAGCAUUAUUAUUUUUAUAUAUACUGUAUUAUUUAUUAUUUAAGCCAAUGGAACAUGUCAGUCACUGCCUACCAUGAAGUCCACUUUUAUUUUGCGCAGUAAAAUUUCCAUCCAGUCUUCUCAUAGAAAAAAGGCAUAAUGGAGAUUGCUCUUAAGUAUUCAUGGUUUAAAAGUGGUAAAAAUUGGCACCAUUGUCAUAGAAAUUAACACAUCAAAAUAAAAUGUAUCUUUUGAA